AUGAGGCGCCUGUCUUUUGUCCAGCUCUUGCAAGCCAUCGCAUGCUGUGCCGUCGUGACGUCUGGCAGGUGUAUUAGUUCUGGAGACCAGAACACCAUCAACAAUGCACUGACGGCGGGCGGAACCGGUGCCAUUGUGCAGGUUUGCAAAAACGCCUUGGUUCGGGUGUCUGGGCCGAUCAACUUCACGGCUGAUAACCAAGAGAUCUCUACGGAAGGUUAUCCGACAGAUAGUUCUCGCGCCACAAUUCAGAUCAUGCCAGGCAAUGCUGCUAGCACCAUUAUCAAUGGCGGCGGCCAUAGCGGCAUCCGGCUCAUGAAUAUCCAGCUAGAUGGUAACCGACCGAAUGCCGGAUAUCAGAAGGGCGGUGGUGCAAACAUUGAAAUUGGCGGCAAAGCUACCGGCCAACUUGUGUCUCAUGUGGCGUCCCGAAAUCCACGAGGCUGGAGCUGUAUGCACAUCAUUGGGUCUGGGGAUGCAACUAAUCCCUGUGGAAGGGCCAAGGUGGUGAAUAACGAUAUUGGUCCUUGUGGACAGUCUGGGACUGACGCCGCAGGCAACGGAUUAUGGGCAGAUGGGAUUUCUUUGGAUUGCACACAGUCCCUUGUCCAAGAUAACAUUAUAACAGGCCCAACCGACGGCGGCAUUGUAAUAUUCGGAUCACCAGGGAGCACAAUCAACAGGAACACCAUUGUUUCCUCGGACCAGUACCUAGGAUUUGGUGCUAUUAACAUGGUUGAUGGCCAGUACAAUGGUAAUUAUGCUGGAGUCACCGUGUCUAAUAACAAGAUUGUAGGCAAGAAGAUGUUCAACCUAGGCAUUGGUAUUGGAGCCAAUAUCUGGUCCUUUAACGACCCAUACGUUCUGCGUGGCCCAGUGUCAAUUACAGGCAACAAGUUUAGCGGUAGCAUUGCCUUCCCAAUGGCGAUUAAUGGCUGGGCAGACGGAAUAACAACGGCCAAAAAUGAUGCAUCUGGCGUAACAACCCCAAAGUCAUCCUUCUCGGAUGCGUCGCAUUGCCCUGGCCCCAUGCAGGAACUUUUCAACAAGAAUGCCAACUUUGCAUUCUAUCCAGCAGGCGUCACGGGUCCUCGCAGUCUCCAGCCCGAAUUCGUGGCUUCUUCAGGGAACAUAACCAACUUCCUCUGCACCACCACGCCGUUGCCUAACUCGGUGCAGUAUUCCAAGGGUCAGCUUGACAUUAUAUCAGACUCACCACCCUUUGCAUCAUUGCACGGAAUUAUCAUGCAAUAUCAAGGUGACAACAAUGUCGUUGUGUUGGAUACCACCACAGGAAAGCCACAGUGGGCUAGUGGACAUACCAUCAGCGGUGGAUGUGGAAGCCCAAGUAAAUGCCACAUGGUGUUUCAGAGCGAUGGAAACCUAGUUACCUACUAUGACAACACUCCCCAGUGGACAUCUCAAACAGGUGGUCGAGGAGCAUCGUUAAUUUGCAAAAACUCUGCUCCUUGGAUGCAGAUCCUAGAUGAUUCAGGUAACAGCAUUUGGGACACCACAAAGUCUACGUAG